AUGAUACUCCACAUACUUCUUUUCAUUACCAACCAAGCUGGUGAUCGAUUUGAGCAUCGCACGUCUUAUACUCAUAAAAUAUUCUCGGUGCUCGCUUCUAACUUCAUUUCUCUCAAGAGCAUGUUGAGAUUUGGCCUCUUCAGAAGCAUGCAAAUGCUUAGCUCCAGAGCCCUUUCUACCAGCCUUGUGGCUCCUUCUGCCCUUUUAAGGUCAUUUUCCCAUAGUCCCUUGCCAAUAUCUCAAACCAUGGCUAGGAUGCAAACUCUUCAGUUUCCCUUGUCACAAACUUUCCACAGGGAAGUGCAAGUUCCUCUUGUUACCAAUGUAGCAGAGGAUGUAUCCGAAGAUAACACCAUAUACAUGGACUCCGUUUUGAGAAAAAGGAGACUCAAGAUGAAGAAGCACAAAUUGAGAAAGAGAAGACGGAACCAGAGAGCUUUGAAGAAGAGAUUGGGCAAAUUAUAG